GAUGUUUUACGCCUUUUAAUUUCUUUGCACCAUACUCUUUCAUUCAAUUCAACGCCACACUUCAUAGAAAAGAAAAGCGAUGGAGUCUUCCGGUGCAGCGAAUGAGAAGCUCUUAGAAAAUGGCACUUCUUCUGAUAAACCCACAAAGGGAAAGGGUGGUUUAAGAACCAUGCCCUUCAUCAUAGUGAACGAGUGUCUGGAGAAGGUGGCGAGCUACGGGAUCAUGCCUAACAUGAUACUGUAUCUGAGCAACGAUUACGGCAUGGCUAUUGUGGAGGGCACAAAAGUAAUUAACACUUGGUCUGCCAUGUGCAGCGUUUUAUCCUUAUUCGGGGCCUUUCUCUCAGACUCUUACUUUGGUAGAUUCAUCGUCAUUUGCAUCGGUUCCUUCUCCAGCCUUCUUGGUUUAACCACUUUGUGGUUAACUGCAAUGAUCCCAGAGCUAAGACCUUCCUGUCAAUCACUCAUGCUAGGUUGCAACUCUGCUUCAGCUGCCCAACUAGCUGUGUUGUUCCUUUCCCUGGGAUUAAUUUCCAUUGGAGCUGGUUGUGUUAGACCUUGUUCCAUUGCAUUUGGAGCAGAUCAAUUGACAAUCAAAGUAAGGUCCAAUGAUGAGAGGCUCUUGGAUAGCUACUUUAAUUGGUAUUAUACCUCAGUUGGAGUAUCAACUGUGUUUUCCAUGAGUGUAAUUGUGUACAUUCAAGAAAAUCUUGGAUGGAAAAUUGGGUUUGGAAUACCUGCUGUGCUAAUGUUGGUAUCGGCUAUCAGUUUCAUUCUUGGUUCACCGUUCUAUGCCAAAGUGAAGCCAAGUCACAGCUUACUCACUAGUUUUGCACAAGUAGUUGUGGUGGCUGUAAAGAACAGAAAACUUACUCUUCCUGAUUGCAACUUUGAUCAGUAUUAUCAUGACCGUGAUUCGGAGCUGAUGGUCCCUACGGAUAGCCUUAGGUGUUUGAACAAAGCUUGCAUAAUAAGAAAUCCUGAGACAAUCUCAAACCCUGAUGGAUCAGUUUCAGAUCCAUGGAGCCAAUGCACAGUGGAACAGGUUGAGUCACUGAAAUCUAUGCUCAGAAUCCUUCCUAUGUGGUCCACUGGCAUCUUUAUGAUUACUGCCUCCCAAACCUCAUUCUCUAUCAUCCAAGCUAAUACAAUGGACCGAAGGUUAUUUGGCAAUUUCGAGAUGCCUGCAGGAUCCUUUAGUCUUAUCAGUGUAAUCACCCUAACAAUAAUCAUUCCCACAUAUGAGCGCGUAAUGGUACCUCUACUAGCAAAAUACACAGGCUUGCCUAGAGGAUUCAGUUGCAAAACUAGAAUUGGGGUAGGAUUUUUGUUUGUAUGUGUAACUAAGGCAACAUCAGCUAUAGUUGAAACUAUGAGACGAAAUGCGGCCAUUAAAGAAGGCUUUGAAGACCAACCUAAUGCUGUAAUUCAAAUGUCAGUUUUAUGGCUUGUUCCUGAGUUUUUUUUCCUUGGAAUAGCUGAGGCUUUCAGCUCAGUUGGGCAGCUUGAGUUUUUCUACAGUUAUAUUCCCAAAUCCAUGUCUAGUUUUGCAAUGGCUAUUUUCACUCUUGAACUAGCUGCUGCUAAUACAGUGGCAAGUGUGUUGGUGAGCAUUGUGGACAAGGUCACUAGUGUAGGAGGGAACAAGAGCUGGCUAUCAACUAACAUUAAUAGUGGACAUCUGAAUUACUAUUAUGCACUGCUCAGUUUCUUAAGUAUAAUUAACUACCUCUACUUUCUUGCUGUUUGUUGGGCUUAUGGUCCUGCUCCGGGGCCAAAUCUUGAAGCUUCUGCAGGCAAGGAAGAAGAGUAAUUUGAUUAUAGGGACUUACCUACUUUGUAGAUUAGUUUUUAGUAAACAACAGAUAGAUACUAUAAACACUUGGAGAAAUUAGAGCAUUGUUAGUGGUUUUGUUUGAAAAACUAAUAGGUGAAAAGUAUAUUUGUUGCUAGAGUUUUAUUAUGCUCUUGCACCGUGUAGGUAGUAUAAUGAUGUAAGAUUUAAUAUGUUUAAAGUCCUCAUAAAUGAUCGAAUUUUAUUUUGGAUUCUUAAUAAAUUUUUUGGUUGUGUUGAA